CGUCAGGUUUCCUUAGGUUUGUCAGGUUUUCUUGAGGCUCUCACGCGGGGGUUCUCCUCUCGCCCUUAGUUUUCAGCUCCGCGCCCGGUGCUGAGGAAUCUAACCAUCUUCAUGUACCCACCCUAUUCAGUCGUUUACUGUUUUGAGCACUGGAUCUGGUUCUACGGCUGUCUUUGUACGACUACGACUCUGUUAUAAUUCUAUUACCAACCAGUGAUUCUUUCCCGCUCAUGUUUUAAGCCCCUGGUUCAUCUUGGCUGUGGGAAGAUGCGAUGAUAGGCCUCCACCAUGCAAGCUCUUUCGGCCGAACCAGAUAGAUGGGCUGAAUCUGAACCGAUCUCGAGUGCGCAUCGGGUCUCUCGGCCAUGGAGACUCGUAACAGCAUUAUCCGCGGCCCUGCUGCUAUCGGGUUAUCUUAUAUUAGCGGUCGUCUUUGGGGAUCCUAAUGAGGAACUGCACAUUGAUAGGACCGCGUCGCUCGUUUUCGCCUUAUUCUUCAUCGGAAUAUCCUAUAUCGGCACGAUCGCAAUCGCUUAUUUCCAACGCAAGCGCAAACUAUUCCUUCUCCAAUCGUUGUUUAUGCCCUGUCUGGUCGUGAACUUGGUCGCACUAUUCAAUGUGCUAUUCAAUAUCCUCAGUCGCAGCCUUUUUCCGUUAAAUGCGAUUCGAGUCAUCGGAAUCGGCCUUCCGAGCGCUUUCAUCGUCAUAUAUGGUCUCGCAUCUUUUCUCAUCUACUAUGAAUAUGGGCCCAGCCGGGGCCAUCGGGCCGAGGACGGUACUCCCCUCUUGAGUCAGGAAGAAAUGCAGCGUCGACAGCUGCUUCGAUUGUUACAAGAGCAGGGUUCUGGUGCACCUUCUCCAAACCCCAGUCAGACUAACACAACCUAUCGGCUCGAGACCGUCCCUGGCCUCGACCCUACCCCAAAGACUUGGGAUCCGCAUUUGAUCCCCCCGCCGUCGACGAGUUGGAGCAGCUUGAGUCGAACUACGACGUGAUGAAAAAAAUUGACCCUGGAGAUAUUUCGAAUGGUCAUAUUUGUGCUGAGCCAUUCGAUUUUAAUCUUUGUCGCAUCAAGUACGGAGCAUUUAGCGUAAUUCAUGUGACAUAAUGAAGUAUAAUAAUACCAACUAAGAACGCGAUUUGCAGAGCGCGUUGGACCUCGG